AUGGAGACUCUUCCUCCGGUGGGCACCGAACUCGUGGAAGCCACGGCGGGGGAGAUUCUGAAAUCGCGGGCGAGGGAUCACGCCCUCGGGGAAGAGGAUGCAGCAAGGCGCAUUCAGAGACAAGUUCGGCGAAGAUCGGUGGCGAGAAAGGGGACGCGUGGUGGCGACCACCGUCUGAAAAGCCGAGACUGGGCUGGUGGGGAUACCGGUAGCGUCGUCGCACACGGAGAGGAGGGGGCAAGAGUAUCUCGAAAGGAGGUGAAGCUGGGGCAGGACGGGAGUUCGAAGUGUGGCAGGGAGGCACGCAACCGGGAUGGUGAAAUCCUAGGGGAAGACGAGAGAGCUCGGCGUAUUCAAGGGACUGAGCGUAGACGACAGGGGGGCGGGAGGGUGUCCUCUCAGCGGCAGGAACGAAACGGCAGCAAAGAUGUGAUCGGGGAGGAUGUUGCCGCCAGACGUAUACAAUCGCGGGUGAGGCGCUGGAACACCAAAGGGCAUGAGAAGAAACACUUCACAUCCGCAAAAGAACCAAGCGCUAACGACCGGGACGGAUUCCCCAGCAGCUCGCCCGAGGACUACGCGGCACUAGUCUUGACCGCCAGGUCUCUCAGCCCCUCCCAGCGGCACCAGCAGCCACGGUCCUGGAUGUCCCCCGGGAAGGCGGCGGCGACCGCGGCGACGGCGGCGGCGCAAGAGGCCGCGAGGGCAGCGGCGGCAUCGGUAAAGGCUGCGGAGGCGGCGGCGGACGCCGCGGAAGCGGCCGAGGCAGCCGCAGAGGCGGAAGAGGAGUCCCAGCAGUUGCAAUCGAGCACUUUCCGCUCGCCCCCGCCGACGAAAUCUAUGUCCCGCCGACAUCCGUCCCCGGGUCGGUCUGCGUUUUGGGUCACGGACGGGAACGAAAGGGGGCCAGUAGACCACGCCCACGCCGACGGAAGCAGCCCCAAGUCGCGCACCCCGCGCCUGAUGGACGAUGGAUCCACCCAGGGGGGGACCGGCAAAGCGGAGGAACGCCAUGCAAGGGGGGUACGACAUAGGGGGGAAGUCGGUGAGGAUCUCGGCAGUAGUGGACGCGGAGGCACCGAGGAAGAGAUGCUGAAACGGGCGCGCGAACAGGAACUGCGCGUAAGGCAGGCCAUGGCCGAGAAGUCUGCUUUGGAGGCCAAACGAGCUAGGGUGAUGGAAGACAUGAAGAGGCGUCAGCGGAGAUCUUCCUCCACGGAUGCCCCCGGGAACAACGGGGAGCACGGACAAGGAGUGAUGGGUAGGGGGCAGAUGGGGGCAGAGGGUGGCGGCGGGGCUACCGCGGUCUCGUUGCCGCCGUUGGAGAGGGACGGGGGGCUGGGAGACGCGCGGGCGAGGCGGAAGCCGAGGCACGUGUCGACGUUUCGGGAAAGGAUCCUGAAGGAGAGACGGCUAAGAAAAGAGGUCGAAGUUUUGAAGAGGAAGGAGGUGGAGGAGAAGCACACCCGCCAGGCCGACUACGCCGCCAAGGCGAGGCGUGCCCUUGCAGCCGAGCAACGGCGCGCGCGAGAAGACGCCGACUGGAACGCUCGGAGAAGCGGCGCCAGCCAAUCAGCGGUCGACCGAACCCCGAUCGCCAUCAAGCGACCAAUGCGCGAGGGCGAGUGGGGAGUCUUCUCUUACGCCCCGGACAGACCUACCGACGAGACUUCCCCCAAAAUAGGACAUGGACGACCUUGCUACGGCCGCCCGGCGGAGUCUGGACUCGGGUCUACGGGGAGGGUCCACGGGCGGCUGGGCACGUCGGAGUUGGUGGACAGGAUGAGGAAGGAGCGAGCGAAAGCGACCGAGGCGAGUCGUGCGCGGGCGGCGGCAGCGGCUGCAAGAGGAGGUGGUCGUGGCGGAACCCAACACAACGAUAGUUCACAGGAUGGCACCGGUGGCUACGGAUCUAACGAACCAAACGGGACAGCGCCACCAGGUGGCGACAGGGGGGGGCAAGUUCGGAGUAGGCACGAAGUAGAGAUGCAUCCAUGCAGACCAUCUCAUGGUGGGGGUGCGGGUAGCAGCAGUGGGAGGGCAAACGCUGCGCGGCGAUACCAAGGCGCACAAAUCAGCCCGCCGCCACCACAGCAAAACCGUCCGGCCGCUACUGGAAGAAAUGUUCACGCCAUGUACGAGGAGAGGCUAGCAGCCCUCGAGCGACGCCUUGCGGAAGGAGGCCGGAAAAGGGGCGGAGGGGGAAGAAUACAAAGAGGAGGAGGAGCAGUAGGAGGAGGAGAACAAGACGCAAGGACCGGAAAUCGAGUUUCGAAUGCUGGUGAAAAUCCAUCAGGUGGGAGUGGUAGCGACGGCGCGCACGUGCGUAGAGCCAGCGGCGGAGCGGAGACAAAAUCAACUCAAGGGGAGGGGGAGUGGGGCGUCGAAAACAACCCUUUCGGGUACCGCACGCUGUCCAGGGGGGACGAGGGUCCUGGAUCGAUCCCAUCGUCGAGCGUGGGCGGCGAACGGUUGUUCAAUAGCCAGGGGGGAUCCGAGGCUAGUGGAGGGGACGAUGUAGAGGGAUUGAGCACCAUGUACAUGGGCCCUAUCACGCACAAGAUGGCCGAGUUACGAGCAGGCAACGGUUGA